UAGAGCCUAGAAGAUUAUUUAUGUUUGGUGUUAAUUCUCUGGUCACACUUUCAAGCUAAGAGAAAAGGAAUACAGGAAUCCUCUUAUUAUCUUUUGAAAUAUGAAGAUCAGAGGGAAAAGCUGGGUUUAAAAAAAAGUGUGGAUUGAUGAUCCUCAAGACCUGUCUAUAAAUUAGAUGGCAUUCUGCAUCUAUAAAAGACCCAGACUUAGAGCUGAUUCUCAGGCAUACAGUGGACUUCAUGGAUCAUUAGUUUUGCACUGAAAUCUGGAUAGAAGUUUAAGCUACAAAAAAAAAAAAAUUAAAAAAAUAGAAGUAGGCUGUGGGACAGAAGACAAACACCAAUACAAUUGUUUCUUCCACACAUGGAUUAAUACAAGCUUGGAAGCCAAAUCUGGGAACUGAUCUUGCACUAGUGAAAAUGGAUAGUAACAAAGAUGAUGGACUACUAAACAGAAUGUCACUCUCUGGAGCUCUGGCCAUGGGUAGCAGCCGUGUAACUCCAUAUGGGUUACCACUAAGAGAACCAUUUGGCAUUUCCUUCCAUUUCAAUCCAACAUAUUGGGACCAAGCCUAUUGCAGCCAUGCAGGUACAUUUUCCUACAUGCCAUUUCCUGGAUAUGUAGGAGUCUAUGAUUAUUCUUUUGAGCCUGCCUUCAUUCGAAAGAGGAAUGAGAGAGAGAGGCAAAGGGUGCGCUGUGUGAAUGAAGGGUAUGCACGCCUCCGAGACCAUCUUCCCAAGGAACUUGCUGACAAGCGCCUCAGCAAAGUGGAGACCCUAAGAGCUGCAAUAAGUUACAUUAAACAUCUUCAGAGUUUGUUGGAUUGUCAGCCUUUAGGGACCAACACCAAAGAAACUCUCUCUACUAAGACAACGAUGGAUACUUCCAGUGCUGGUUUAAGAAGGGAAUGCAACAGUGAUGGAGAGUCUAAAACCUCUUUAGCUUCAUCUCCAUACAGUGAGUUUGAGGAGACUUGCAGCUAGGAACCAUCAUCUUUGGAAGUAGACACUUUCAAGACUAA